UAUCAAAUAAUAAUAAUAAAAUAAGCAAAUAAAAAAAGAUAAAUUAAAAUUACAAAAUUCAUAUCGUAAUUUAUUAACAUUAUAAAUAAGCUUCUCACGUAUGGGUGAUUGGUGAUUUAUUAAGAUUACAAAAGUAAGACUUUUUUUUUUAUCACUCCGUUGAAGCCUUGUACCUCUGAACAAGCAAGAACAAAGGUGAUUACUGAUAAAUGCCCUAAUUCUAUAGUUUCUCUUUGAUCUCAAGCUUUUUCUCCUUCGCUUUCAAUUUUUAGAACUUUGUUUCCUUAUUCUUUUUUUAGAACUUUGUUUUAUUAUUGGCGAUGAUUGGUGCUUUUGUACCUAGGUUAAGAGAGAAAAUGAGUGGAGGAGGUGCUGGAAAUUCUUCUAAACAGAAAGUUGAAUCCUCAAAACCAUCUGAUACUCCUUCCUUCAAGCGUAAGAGAGGUGUUUUCCAAAAAGAUUUGCAGCAUAUGAUGUAUGGUUAUGGAGAUGAUCAAAAUCCACUUCCAGAGACUGUUGCGUUGGUGGAGGACAUUGUUGUGGAGUAUGUUACUGAUAUGGUUCACAAGGCCCAAGAUAUCGCUUCAAAGAGGGGGAAACUGUUGACAGAGGACUUUCUUUUUCUCAUUCGUAAGGACUUGCCGAAACUGAAUCGUUGCACAGAACUACUUGCUAUGAACGAGGAGCUCAAGCAAGCUAGGAAAGCUUUCGACAUGGACGAGGACAAGCUGGCUACAGUAGACUAAGGCACAUAGCUUUCCUGUUACGAACUCAAAUAUACUUGGAACAUCCUGAGUUUCAUGACAGAUAAGAGUCCAUGACGAGGGCAGGCUGUAGAAUUGACACUAUAUUGAUAAUUAAUCUAUCUUAGCAAGAUUACACAUACUAAUUCAGAACAAUUCGGCGGUAAUAGUUUUAGAUGUAAUUGAUAAGAAUUUAGCUUAAUUGAUGGUUAUUUGAAUAUUAGUGUACAAAUUGCUUGGAACCUCAAAUCAAAAACACAUCAUCAAUUAAAUUACUCGACCCUUACCCUGUACAAAAGAAAAAUAAUAUAAAAGGAAGCUAGUUGGCAUUUAUGCAUCGAAAUUCAAAGAAAUUUUCUCCUACUAAGAAUUUUUUUAGAAUUGAUUUUUACUUGUAUGGUUACACAUCUUCAAUUUAUUGUAGAUUACAUUACUUUUUAUUCAUAAAUU